ACCAGUCGCGGGACCGGUUGAUCGUCGCACCACCGCAGUCCCUCCGUCCGUACGCUGACUGUUGACUCUGUGUCGAGCCGAGUGCCGACUACGUUCAGUACGUUCAUUGUGCCGGUAGACGCUGCACGAGGCGCACGUCCGCCGUUACGUCUCCACCGUUCGCACUGCCGUUUGUCUGCGCGAUAAUGUCGCCGAUAAUAAUCACGACCGUCGCCGUCCUGUUCGCACUCUCGUCCGUCAUCCCGUCAACACGGGCUAAUGAUACUUGCAUAUGGUAUGGUGAAUGUGAAGAAAAUUAUGGAUUGCAUUAUAAUUGCCCUUAUAAUGGACCCCCAAAACCGAUGACCGACCCAAAGUCUAUAGAGGUUCUUAAAACGUGGUGCCCUGAUUUCAUACAAGAUUAUUCCAAAGAUGGACAAACUCUUAAUACGUGUUGCGGAGUCGAUCAGCUUUUAACAUUAAGCACAAAUAUUGUACAGGCUGCAAAUUUCUUACAUAGAUGUCCGUCAUGUAUGAGAACGUUUGGAAGAUUUAUCUGUGAAUUGGUUUGUUCACCAACGCAGAGCCGAUUUAUGAACGUCACCAAAUUGACGAAAACAGGUAAUUCAAUAAAAGAAUUGGAUUUUUACAUUUCCGAUUCGUAUAUGCAAGGUGUUUAUGAUUCGUGUAAAUCUGUGACAAACCCGGCUACUGGUGGAUUAGCAAUGGAUCUAUUAUGUUCAGGUGCAUUACACUGUUCUGCACAUAAGUGGUUUCGGUACUUGGGAAAAAAUCCAUAUCUAAGUUUCGUCAUAAAUUACAUACCAGUUGUAAAAACUGAUAAUCGUCAACAUUUUGUAGGCCCAGUAAUACCGUGUAAUCAAUCGGUUGAUAAUAAAACUACUGCUUGUAGUUGCAUGGACUGUGAUGAAAGUUGUCCAUUGCCAGAUAAAAUACAAGAAUCUCAAAAAUUACUCAAUGUAGCAGGUAUUGAAACUGUAACUAUAUCAUCGGCAAUUUUAUUUUGUUUUCUUAUGUCGACAUUUACAGGAUUCGUGUGUUUUAAAGAUGUAUUAAUGAACGGAAGGAAGAAAAAAAACGAUAAACAUAAAUAUAUAGUUGCUGAACAUAUUAAAGCAAAACAUAAAAAUAUGCUGGAAACCGUUUUUUAUAAAAUUGGAAAAUAUUCCGCGAGUAGAUCACAUAUUUCAUUUAUGGUGUCAGUAUGUCUAAUUAUCAUAUUAAGUUAUGGUAUUUACUGCAUAAAGAUCACAAUCGAUCCAGUAGACUUAUGGUCAUCUUCAAACAGUCAAUGUUGGCAAGAGCGUGAAUAUUUCAAUACAAACUUUAAGCCAUUUUUUCGAACCACCCAAGUCAUUAUCGCGCCAAACGGCGUUCAAGAUGUGCUCUAUAAUUCCUCUGAAGGAACGUAUACGUUUGGACCAGUGUUCAACCGUACUUUUUUGCUGGAAGUGCUAAAGUUACAAAAGCAAAUUGAAGGCUUGCAGAGCAGUCCAAAUAACGGGCUAGAAAAAGUGUGUUUCGCACCACUUGUAUCUAAAUUCAAUGGUCCACCCAAAGUUUCGGAUUGCGUUGUUCAAAGUGUUUGGGGCUAUUUUAGUAACAAACCUUAUCAUAUUAACCGAACUAACAAUGACGGUUACUUUGAUACAUUAAAAAUAUGUUUUCAGAAUCCGUAUAAUCCAUCUUGUUUAGCACCUUAUGGGGGACCAGUUGAUCCGUCUAUUGCUCUGGGAGGUUUUUCAAAUUCCAGUGAUCCAAUAACCAAAUUAUCUCCUUAUGAAAAAGCGACAUCGUUGAUUUUAACAUUUGUACUCAACAACCACAAUAGCAAAUCGAUGUUGAAAGAUGCACUUGAGUGGGAAAAAAAGUUUUUGGAGUUUAUGAAGAACUGGACAAGAGUGAAACCAUCUAUCAUGGAUGUAGCUUAUUAUUCAGAACGUUCAGUGGAAGAUGAGUUGGACAGAGAAUCUCAUUCAGAUGUAUCUACAAUAGCCAUGAGUUAUUUAGUCAUGUUCUUGUACAUAGUUUUUACUCUCGGAUGGAAUAAAAUCAUAUUAAGUUUUUUCGGAAUAGUAUUCGUUGUAUUAUCUGUCGUCUUUUCGGUCGGUUUUUACGGUCUAAUUGGUGUACCACUGUCAUUGAUCGUACUAGAGGUCAUACCUUUUAUUGUACUUGCUGUUGGAGUUGACAAUAUAUUCUUAAUCAUUCGAACAUAUCAACAUACAGAUUUAAAAGAAGACGAACUGAUUCCCGAUUACAUUGGUCGUGUUUUAAGUAAAAUCGGGCCAUCGAUUUUCAUCACUACUCUUGCAGAAAUCACAUGUUUUUUUAUCGGCAGCUUGUCAGAUAUGCCUGUUGUUAGAUCUUUUGCAUUAUAUGCCGCGAUGGCUUUAGUGUUCAAUUUUUUGUUACAGAUGUCUUGUUUUAUUGGAUUAUUAGCAUUAGAUGCUAAACUAAAAACAGUUAAACAAGAAAUUCAAAAACAAAGUUUAGUGUUUAUCAUAUUUCAAAAAUUCUACGUUCCAACUUUAAUGAAUAAAUGUGUUAGACCAAUGAUUGUAUUAUUAUUUAGUGCUUGGCUUUGUACAAGCAUUGUGGUUAUAACGAAAAUUGACGUGGGUCUAGAUGUUGAACUAACUAUGACCGAUGAUUCGUAUGUGCUAAAAUAUUUCAAAUUUAUGAAACGUUACUUAUCGACUGGACCUCCUGUUUAUUUUGUGGUUACCGACGGGUUGAAUUUGACUGAUGUCAACAAUCAAAACCUUCUCUGCGGUGGUAUUCAUUGCGACCCGUAUUCAGUCACUAAUCAAAUUUACAGAGCUUCAAAAAUGGCAAACUUAACAUAUAUAAAUAGACCUUCAACAUCAUGGAUUGACGAUUAUUUCGAUUGGGCUAAUCUUUCGAGUUGCUGCAAAGUUACUCAAAACAAUAGUUUUUGUCCGCACAACAGUGUUGAUACACUUGACUGCGAUACCUGUAAUAUCACUAAAAAUGAUUUGGAUCGACCGAAUGUUCAACAUUUUUCAAAGUUUUUACCAUACUUCCUCCAAGAUAGUCCAGAUAAAGAUUGUUCAAAAGCCGGUCAUGCUGCUUAUAGUGAUGCUAUUUCUUUGAAAAAUAAUUCAACAGGACCUAAUUAUUUUAUGACUUUUCACACUGUAUUAAAAACAUCCAAAGAUUAUUAUGAAUCAAUGCGUUCUGCUAGAUCAAUAGCAAAUAAUAUGACUAAUACAAUUAAAAAAAAAAAUCCAAACACAACAACUACUGUAUUUCCAUAUAGUGUUUUUUAUGUAUUCUAUGAACAAUACUUAACCAUAUGGCAGGUAUGCGUCCAGCAUUUAGUUUUAUCAUUAGUAAUGGUAACAUUUGUAACAUGGACGUUUACUAAUUUUAAAAAAUCUUCAGCUUUUAUUCUACUAAUAAUCAAUACAAUGAUAACAGUUGACUUAUUAGCAUUUAUGUACUAUUUUGAUAUUUCUCUUAAUGCAAUAUCAUUGGUAAACAUUGUAAUGUCAAUUGGAAUAAUGGUUGAAUUUUGUGGCCAUAUAAUUUUUCAUAACGCAAAAUCAGUUAUCUCUUGUCCAAUUCAACGUGCUACUCAUUCUUGUGUAGAAGUCGGGAGUUCGGUGUUUUCUGGAAUUACUUUAACAAAAUUUGCUGGUCUUGCUGUACUUGGUUUUGCUAAUACUCCAGUGUUUAAGAUAUUUUACUACAAAAUGUAUAUGGGUAUUGUGAUUAUUGCUGCCUUGCAUAGCUUAGUGUUCCUGCCAGUUUUAUUAAGUUACAAAGGUACACAUUAUGUUCUAGUAGAAAAGACUGAUAGUUCUAAGAAAAAAACUAGAAGUUAUAAAUUGCAACUAUUAAAAGUGAAUCGUGAAUGUGCUCUGAUGAAAGAAUGAUACUAUAAUCACUUAUUUAUUUUUAAGUACCUAGUUUAAAAUCACUACUACUUUUAUUUUUUCUUAUUUUUUGAUACAACCAAAUUUUUUUUAUUUAGUUGCCUUUUAUUGUUAAUGAAAAUUUGUGUUGAAUAUUUAUUAUGUUUUUACAGAUAAUCAAAACAUUUUAAUUAACUGAUGAAAAAAAAAAAAAAA